AUGUCCUACGCCAACUUCACUGCGACCGCCAACCGUUCAUCCAAGCAUCCCUCGAUGCAGCAGGAGUCGGCCAGUGUUGGUGCCAAGCUCGCCAACCAAGGCAUCCACGUCCUGUCUGACUGGCUGUCCGACUGCAUUGCGUUUCUCCAGCAAGAAGCUGGGCCAGUGGACGCACAGACGCUGCAUGGCCUCGUCAUGGAGCAGUGGCUGAGCGCCAACCUGCGCGACAUUGGCCGCGGAUGCCUGCCAGAGCUGUUUGCAAGCCCAGACAUGCUGCGCGAGGUCACGUCCAUGGUCAUCACGCACCCGCUUGCGCUGCAGAUCGAGGCCAUCACCGACGUGGGCGACUCGGCGUUCCGUCAGAUCGAGGGCGCGGGCUUGUUUGGCGCGUCGCUCACCCUCAACGCGAAUGAUGAGGAUGGUCCAUCACACGAGUCCGAUCAAACCCGUGCCAACAAUCCAAUGUACGCAAACAGUGUCGCGGCUGCGCAGGGCAACCAUACGCGGGGCAUGGGCGCUGCACGCCUGUUGGUGCUGAAAUUGUCAGACGGCCAGCGCGCGGUUCGAGCGAUGACCUACCGUCCCAUCCCAACGCUCACUUGCGACACCCUGAUUGGCACCAAGCUCCUCAUCUCGAAUGUCACUUGCCGUCGAGGGAUGCUACUCCUCGAGCCACGCAAUACAAAAAUGCUCGGCGGAGGCCUACUGACUGCCGAAGAGUCCAAGCGACGAUUUUUCGGCAUCUUGUUUCGUCGCAUCGGACAAGAUCCUCCGCCGUCUCUCGCUGCUCGACCUGCUCCGCCAGCUUCGUCUCAGGCAUCGAUUGCUCUCAGCCAGGCCACCCGACUCACCCAACCCGUGCCAGCUGCAGCUGCCGUUGCAUCGUCGACAAACCCCGCCGCUUUACUACGGUCGGCAUGGCCCUCGAGUUCCACAUCUGCCCCAUCAAAUAGCAUUCGCCCUCAGAGCACAGUAGCAACACCCCUUGAACACAUCGACGACGACCAAGACGACAGUGACGAUCAUCUCGAGAUUACCCAACCUGGACGCCAAACCGCGUCCUGGCCAAGCUCCCAUGGUCGUUCAACAACUGCAACGACGCCUUCUGCUGCAACUGCGCACCAGUACUCUGCUGCAGCACAUGGCGAUGACGAUGAUUUUGACAAUGGCUUUGACGUCGACUUUGAAGACGAAGCGGUCUCCAUGUCUGCGCCACGCGCUGCGCCAAAGCGUCCUGCCCCAGUGUCUGAGACUGCUGGAAGAUCGUCCAAGUCCAUGCGCAUCGAUCUUGUCUAGUCAGGUUCCCC